GACCACGUGCGUUCCGGUGUCUUUCAAAAUGGCUGCCGUCAAGUCCCUUAAUCCUAAAGCAGAGGUAGCCAGGGCUGCCCAAGCGCUCCAGUUGAACAUCAAUGGAGCCAGGGGGCUACAGGAAGUCCUGAGGACUAACCUCGGCCCGAGAGGAACCAUGAAAAUGUUAGUAUCCGGAGCUGGUGACAUAAAACUCACCAAAGACGGGAAUGUGCUGCUUCACGAAAUGCAAAUACAGCAUCCUACAGCAUCUCUGCUUGCUAGGGUAGCUACGGCUCAGGAUGACAUCACUGGAGACGGAACGACUUCAAACGUCCUCAUAAUUGGAGAGCUAUUGAAACAAGCAGACAUAUACAUAUCAGAAGGGCUGCACCCUCGUAUUGUGACUGAAGGAUUUGAAAAGGCAAAAAUGAAAGCACUUGAAAUUUUAGAGUCUGUCAAGGUUUCCAAGGAGAUGGAGAGGGAUACGUUGGUUCAGGUGGCACGCACCUCUCUUAGGACUAAACUCAGUCCAGAGACUGCUGAUAUACUCACUGAGGUUGUUGUAGACGCAGUGUUGUCCAUACGUAAGGAAGGCCAACCCAUUGAUCUUCACAUGGUGGAAAUUAUGCAAAUGAUGCACAAAUCUGACACAGACACAAAACUAGUGAGAGGUUUGGUAUUGGACCAUGGCGCUAGACAUCCUGACAUGAAGAAGAGGGCAACUGAUGCAUACAUACUGACAUGCAAUGUAUCCAUGGAGUAUGAGAAGAGUGAAGUCAAUAGUGGUUUCUUCUAUAAGACAGCUGGCGAAAGAGAGAAAUUGGUUGCCGCGGAGAGGAAGUUCACGGAUGAUAAAGUGAUGGAAGUCAUCAAACUAAAGAAGAAGGUCUGUAAUGGUGGUAAUCAUGGCUUUGUUGUCAUCAAUCAAAAGGGUAUCGACCCCAUAUCUCUUGAUCAGUUAGCAAAGGAAGGCAUCAUUGCUCUCCGACGUGCCAAGAGGCGUAACAUGGAGAGAUUAGUGCUAGCUUGUGGCGGUGAGGCUAUGAACUCGUUUGAAAAUCUCUCGCCGAAUUGUCUUGGGAAGGCAGGACUUGUUUAUGAGCAUGUACUCGGUGAAGACAAGUAUACCUUUAUUGAAGAUGUUGACAAUCCACAAUCUGUUACUAUUCUAAUUAAAGGCCCAAACAAGCACACCUUAUCACAGAUAAAGGAUGCAGUCCAUGACGGACUCAGGGCAGUCAAGAAUGCCAUUGAGGAUGGGUCUGUUGUUCCCGGGGGUGGAGCUUUUGAAGUUGCUGUGUACACUGCACUGAACUCACCUGACUUCCUCUCUACUGUG